AUGGAUGGAGCAUCCGAUGACGCCUUCGGGGCAACUCGCCAACCUAACGGCACAGCCGCCACGCAGACGCCACACAGUGACGCCGUCGCCAACAUCCUCGCCGCUUCCCCGGAUUGGCGUAUCCAAGCGGGGCCAUCCCCAGCCGCAACCGCGGGGGAGGUUCGGGGUCAAGCCGCAGCUCAAGCCGCAGACGCGGGGCAGUUCGUGGGUCAAGCCGCAGCUCAAGCCGCAGACGCGGGGCAGUUCGUGGGUCAAGCCGCAGCUCAAGCCGCAGACGCGGGGCAGUUCGUGGGUCAAGCCGCAUCUCCAGCCCUAGCGAUCCAUCACCAAGGUCAAGCCGCCGCAAUUGCAAACCAAUCCCGAUCCCGAUCCCGAUCAUUCGCGACCGUCGAGGAAACCCAAAACCAGCUCAGCCACGGGCACCCCUCCCCUGCGCGCCCACUCCCCCCCAUCCCUACAAUCGUCAUAACCACCCCCGACCAACGCACCCACGCCCCCGACUCCCCAACGCUGCACCGCGGGCGCCAACCCGCACACCGGCGUCUUCGGCGCCACGAGCUCCAGAACCGGGUCGCAGAACUCGAGCAGCGUAUUCGUGAGAUGACUGAUGAGGCGGAGGCGCAGGAGAUGGUUUCCGAGGCGUUGUGGGGGGAGGUUGCGGGGUUGAGAGCGAGGAUUAGGGAGUGGGAGGGGGUGGGGGAGAGGAGGGUGGGGGAGAUUGAGAGAUUGGGGGAGAGGGUGAGAUAUCUUGAGGGGGAGUUGGGGAGGGAGAGGGGGUUGAGGGAGGGGUGGAGGGGGAGGGCGGGGGUGGCGGAGGGGGUGUUGAGGAUGCUUGAGGGGUGGGGUGCUGAUGAUGGGGAGGUGGAGGGGGAGUUGUUUAUGGAUUGUGAGUAA